GAGAGAGCAGCAGGCGGACUCGCUUCGGCUCGCCUGGCGCGGCUAAAGCUAACGGGGAGAAAAACAUGGAGCUGUCUGCUGUUGGAGAGAGAGUCUUCGCCGCCGAAUCCAUCAUCAAACGGCGGAUCAGAAGAGGUCGCAUGGAGUAUCUGGUGAAGUGGAAAGGUUGGUCACAGAAGUACAGCACCUGGGAACCGGAAGAAAACAUUCUAGACUCUCGUCUCUUUGCAGCUUUUGAGGAAAGGGAGCGUGAAAGGGAACUGUUCGGGCCCAAGAAGAGAGGACCGAAACUCAAGACCUUCCUGAUGAAGGCUCAGGCCAAAGCCAAAGCCAGGUCCUAUGAGUUCCGUGGUGAAUCUUCACGCAGCAUCCGCAUUAACUAUACAAACCCCGAGCCUCUGGUGACUCCGAGGGCCAGAGAGGGGCUCCGCAGUGUCGUCCCAACCAUAUUCCCUCCCAGCACUGUAAAUCGGGGAGAAAGUGUCCGACCUUCUCAUCAGGAACCGAUUCGAGAUCAUCGUCCUCUUCUUUCUCCUACAGUUGAGUCAGACAGGACGGGACACAUCCCCAAAAAACGUGGCCGCAAACCUAAGCUAUUCAGAGAGGGCUACUCGAGUGUCCUGCACUUGGAAAAGAGCAAGAUGGACGAGUCCAUGUCGGGCAUCCCAUCCAAAAUGGCACGUCUGGAAUUGGGCGAGGACGAUGAGGAUGCUCUGAGCGCAAGGUCUCAUAAACGACAGAACCCUCUCCUCUUUUCACGCCACACGAUGGAAUGGACCAAAAGAAGUGAGGAAUGCAGGACUCGAGAGCUCUCCACCAGUCAUUUUCACCGCAAGUGCCUUAAACAUCUCAGACAUCAUGGAGCAUUCAAACGUGGAGAUACGUCAGCCAUUAAACAUCAACACCAUCAUCAUCAUCCUCAUCAUCAUCAUUAUCAUCAUCAUCAUCAUCACCAGCCUUCACUCAUCGCCAAGAUUCCCAUGGCACGGAUCCUUGGAGAACCAGAGGAGGAAGCGGAACAGGAUGAGGAUGAGGACAUGUGGAAACCCUGCUUCAGAACCAUGGAAAAGGUUACGAUCACAGAUGUGACCACAAACUUUUUAACUGUCACCAUCAAAGAGAGCGACACAGACAAAGGCUUCUUUAAAGACAAGAGAUGAUUCGGUUUCUGUUACUGUCCUGAUUAUCAGCCACACUCUUCUGCAGCUACGUUACGAUGUUCAUUAUCCUGGACCAAGCUGAACAUCAUCCGUUUGGAAAGCAGGAGCACAAAGAAAAAAUAAUAAACUCUCCUCCCAGGGCCGUGAAUCAUAAACUAAAGAUAAACCGUGCUCUGGAAUAUUAUUAAAUACUAAUCUUAAUUGUAAUAAUAUUGUGAACAGUGAUCAUGUUAUUGCAAUGAACAUUUUAAAAAAUGACACAAAAAAUGAAAAUGGUGAAGUGACACAAGAACCAUUUGUGAUGCCCUGAAAAUCAUCCGGAUGUUCUGGAUGCUCUUGUUGUUCUUUUUGACAACAGCACAAAAGGAAAGGAAACCAAAAAUGGUUCUUUUUUUUUUUUUUUUUACUCUAAAACUCUCAGCUUGCUCUGUUUUUAAAGCCUGUAUUCGAUUCACAAGCACUAAGUAUUUGUUUCUGCUUCUUUCUCAUCACCUCAUGCUGUAUAUUAGGAUCUCAAGAUAUGAACAUUUUAUUCCAUUUUCUGUGUUAAACACUGAACCGUGAUGGCCACGGGAUUGGACCAGACACUUGCAUGCACUACAAAAGCUUUCAGUUUGGAGUUGAGUCUUUGUCUGGGAUUAUAAAUGUAUAUAGAUGUAUGUUUUGGCUCAUGGAGACUUUUUCUUUAAAAAAAAAAAAUAACAAGAAGAAGAAAAAAGAUUAACUUUUUUUAAAACCACAAGUAAUAUACUAAAUAUAUAUAUAACACUGUUAAUAUGUGUGUGGUUGUUGUUUUGGAAAUUGAUUUAUUUGUCUUUACCUUUCAUACUGGACCUUGAUUUCCUGAAGUCUGAAUUAAAAAAAAAAUUUUUUUUAAUUAAAAACACAGGAUCGCUUGACAAAGUGAGGGGAAGAAGAAGCAUUUUGUCUGCGCAAAUUAGCACCGUAUCAGUAUUCAACAUGAUUUUUGUUAAAUCACGCGUGUGUGGGUGUGAGUGUGUGUGUG